UUCUAACUUGACGUUCAGUUGGGAAGUGAAUGGAGUAGUGUCAGCUUCGCAGGUUGGUUCAGGUGUGAGUACUACAUUUGCCGGUUCGCACGACCCACUUCACGGAUUUUUCAUUGAUCAACACGACCCUCGUAUAACAGCCAACGAUGUCAUUCACGGCUCUCAAACCCAUCUUACCCUUUGUGGGUAGACGAACAACGAAAUGUCUACAAAGGACAUUUGCAACACAAGGAUUUUCAUUAAACUUAACCGAUGAACAACGGGAAAUGCAAGCGGUAGCACGCAAGUUUGCGCGUGAAGAAAUAGCACCAAACGCUGCUAAAUAUGAUAAAAGCGGCGAAUUUCCAUGGGAUAUCGUUAAAAAGGCACACAGUAUUGGGUUAAUGAAUGGGCACAUUCCUCAGGAAAUUGGUGGACUAGGAUUGAAAACUUUCGACGGCUGCUUAGUCACGGAAGAACUUGCUUGGGGUUGUACCGGCAUUCUACUAGCCAUUGAAGGAACUGGUCUUGGGCAAACACCAGUAAUUCUCGCUGGAACUCCAGAACAAAAGAAAAAAUACUUAGGAAGGUUGCUUGAGGAACCCCUCCUAGCUGCAUACUGUGUCACAGAACCAGGAGCGGGAUCCGAUGUCAACGGGGUUAAAACGAAGGCUGAAAAGAAAGGAGACGAAUACAUCCUCAACGGCCAAAAAAUGUGGAUCACCAAUGGUGGAGUAGCUAAUUGGUACUUUGUUUUGGCACGUACAGAUCCAAAUCCCAAAGCCCCAGCUUCAAAAGCUUUUACUGCAUUCAUUGUGGAUAAAGAUACCCCCGGAAUUACCCCUGGACGAAAGGAACUCAACAUGGGUCAACGUGCUUCUGACACCCGUGGUAUCACUUUCGAAGACGUUCGCGUUCCAAAAGAGAACGUACUUGUUGGUGAAGGUGCUGGCUUUAAAAUCGCUAUGGGUACUUUCGACAAAACGCGGCCACCCGUUGCAGCUGCUGCAGUAGGUUUAGCACAACGUGCUCUGGAUGAAGCAACUAAAUAUUCACUGGAACGCAAAACAUUUGGAGUACCAAUUGCAACACACCAGGCUGUUGCAUUUAUGUUAGCUGACAUGGCCAUGGGUGUUGAAACAGGACGUUUGUCGUGGAUGCGAGCAUGCAACUUGGUUGAUACUAACAAUCCGCAAAAGAGCAUGGCCGCAUCAAUUGCCAAAUGUUUUACAGCAGAUAUGGCGAAUCGUGUGGCCAGUGAUGCUGUUCAAAUAUUUGGUGGUAAUGGUUUCAAUUCCGAAUACCCAGUUGAGAAACUUAUGCGUGAUGCGAAGAUUUAUCAAAUCUACGAAGGAACAACACAAAUCCAACGGCUAAUCAUUUCUAGGGAACUUAUCGAAGCCGAGAAGAGAAAAGCUUAAAACGUAAUCUGAUGUGAUAUUUUUAAAUAAAGAUCUUUUCUAAAACAA